AUGGACGCGGGUGCGGUGAUCGCCGUCGCUGCCUCCUCUCCAUCAUACACUUCAGCUUGGCAGCUGCUCUUUGACUUUGCGCACCGUCACCGACAUCCGAUCCAUCAUGAAAAGCUGGCAAAGAAGCUCAUGCUCCGUGGGAACACCAGAUCGGUCCAAGGAAAGUUGAGCGACUGGAUAGCACUCGAGUUGGGAUCGGGGAUGUCAAAUCUCAGAAUCGGGGAUCGCAACGCACGGUCGCACGCGCCAAGUGCCGGUGCGGCUCAGCCCGCUCACUCGCCCCUGGCUCACUGCAUUUCCUCGCCUCAUCUCCUCCACCCGUGUGCUUCUCCUCUGCCCCAACCAAAUCAUCUCGGCCCUAUCCCGACUCCUUUCGACCGUCACCCACUCGUCCACUCGUCCACUCGUCCACUGCCUCGCCUCGCCUCGCAUCGCAUCGCCAUCCGUCUCGACUGCAUCCGACCACUCCCGCUUCUGCAUUAUGGUGAGAUUCCAGCCCAACCAGCGACUACACAGCAAUGCCACGACUUUGACGCCGCUCAACAAUCCCAGGGCAUUCAGACCCUCCUCGAGGCCGAGAAGGAGGCCGCCAAGAUCGUCCAGAAGGCCCGCACUUACCGCACUCAGAAGCUCAAGGACGCACGCAACGAGGCCUCCAAAGAGAUCGAGCAGCUCAAGGCGAACAAGGAGAAGGAGUUUGCUGACUUCCAAAAGCAGCACGAGGGAUCCACCAACUCGUCCCAGACCACUGUCGACAAGGAGACCGAAGAGAGGCUCGGCGAACUCAACAAGGCCUUUGAAGCCAACCGCGACCAGGUCAUCUCCAAGCUCCUCGAUCGCGUCGUCGACGUAAAGACCGAGCUCCACAGGAAUCUCCAGCUCCAGCAGAAGGCCUAG